AUGCCAAGAUUCCAUCGAGUGGCGGGACUUCUGUGCCUCGCCUUGGCUUCGAUCGCCUCAGCCUUGAGGAACCCUCUCAUUCCAGGUUGGAAUCCGGACCCGCACGUUUUGCGUGUAGAUGAUACCUACUAUAUUGCGGUCUCGUCGUUUCUGACGUAUCCCGGAAUUCCAAUCUACAAGUCAAAAGAUCUCUCCAAUUGGGAGCUUGUUUCACAUGCUCUAGACAACCCAAAAAAUGUCCCGAUCACUGGCGUCAGAAACAAUAAUGGUGUUUGGGCACCAUCUUUGUCAUAUAUUGACGGCCUGUUCUACAUGACCUCAAUGGCGAUGACCGGCUCCGAUCCCGACUAUCGCUCCUGGCCUCGCAUUUUUUGGGUCACUUCUCCAGACCUCAAGACUUGGUCUGAUGCUGUAUGGAGUGAGCCUCUUGGGAUCGACCCCCAUUUGUUCAAAGAUCCGGUGUCGGGGAAAAGCUACCUGUCGCUUAUGGGACUAAACAAUGGCUACGACAAGCUCUGGGGUAUCUCUCAGUGCGAAGUGAAUCUCGAGAACGGGAAAUGCGUCGGCCCCUACCGCAAUAUCUGGAAUGGGACACUGCCUGUAACAACUUCUACCAGACCCGAAGGUCCAAAGUUGUUCUACAAAGACGGCUUCUAUUACCUCUUGAUUGCUGAAGGCGGCACUGGGGUAACUCACCGAGCUACUAUUGCCCGCUCAGACUCCCCCGAAGGACCGUGGGAGUCCUCUCCGACAAACCCGCUGAUAUUCAACGGUGCCAACACAAACCUGACGGUCAGCGCAACCGGGCAUGCCACCUUCGCUGAUACACCAGACGGUAAAUGGUUUGCCACUUUUCUGGCAAAGCGAAAUGUAGGUAGUUACACGGUACUGGGUAGGGAGACGUUCUUCGCCCCCGUGGAAUGGGAAGACGGAUGGCCGAUAAUGAACAAUGGUGAACCUGUCCUCCUAAGCCAGCGUUAUCCAGAGUAUGGCCCUGAUAGAGAGGCUGUCCCGAAGCCCUACGAGGAUAACUUUGAUGGUCCAGCUCUGGAUCCCAGUUGGUACCAGCUUAGAUCCCCCUACACUGAGAACUUUUCCGUCGCCAAAGGCAAGGGUGUGGUGUUUGUUCCAAACGCAUAUACUCUGUCUGACCGCGAUACACCUGCCGCCAUUCUCCGAAAACAAAAGUCAGUCAACAUGACCUUGACCGCCAGCCUGCUCCCUACCGAUAAGGGUCUUGGGCCUUACCAGUCUGUGGGAAUCUCAGCCUAUUCAACGGAGCAAGCCCAUCAGGACAUUGGUCUUCGAGGUUGCUCUAAAUCUGAGGGAAUAUGUGUUUUUGUUGAUUCGACAGUGAAGUCGCCCGGUCCAGGAACUCCGCCAGAGACUACUGAAUUUCCUGUUGGCCUAGAAAAGAUCACCGGUGACUUCAAAUUGCACAUCCGUGCAAAGCCCACGCAGUAUAGUCUAGGUUAUUCCACCAGCAACAGCACUGUAACAUGGGUGAAGGAUUUCUCACCGAGCGUUCUGCCUGUUGGAUUUGAUGGUGUGAUGUUUGUGCUCUUUGCGAGUGGAAACACCCUGCCAUGGCCGUACGACAGCCCGGAGGUGGGCUUCAGUAGAAUCCAGGAGGAGUAUUUUGAGGAAGGUUUCAAAGACUACUUGAAUUAA